CCUCCUCAAUCGUUGGUUACAUAUGUGCGAGUAUGUUCCAUUCGUUUCAAAGUCUAGCUUUCUCGGUGGCCGCAUGCUUCUGUCUCGGUGGUAGUCUCGUGACGGCUCUAUGAGGUUAAUGCCGUUGACUGAAGAGUCUCACGCAGCAAGUUGUCUUUAAUUUAUUACUCCAUAGUCCAUCAAGGUUUCAAUAUCAUUCAUCCGUCAUGGCAUUCUCCAGGCCAAAGAGGAAGCGUAAUUCUGCAUUUUGUUCCCCCCAUACUGCCCCUACUCCAAGGGUCUCACGGCCAAGGUCGAAUAUAGUAGCUGGUCACCAGACCCAUUCAACGGGACUGCGGUCAAGAACUACAACUGACGUUGAUGAUGAUGAACGAGCUCGAGAAGAUACAGAACAGGAGUUCGAUGAAGAUCUCGAUAGAGUGGUGAUGGCGGUUGACAUCAGAGACAACGGAACGGUGGGCUGCUGCUACUAUGUUGCGAGAGAGGAGAAGAUUUACCUCUUCUCAGAUGCGCACGUCGCAGAUAUGACAAUUAUUGAGACUAUAAAACUUGAGGUGAAACCGACCGUUUUGCUGGCUAGCACUCGUGCUGAUCAGCUUGUCAAUGAGAGACAAGGAGGUAACUCUGAUCGAGAAAAUACAGCUCAAUUCAACUAUCCUUGGCAAGUUGAUAUUCGUCCUUCACCAGAAUUCAAUUACACAAAUGCCAGGAUAAAGUUGGCUGCCCUAGAAACUUUACUUGAAAAAGAUGAAUCUAUUCGGUUUUUAGUACCUGGAGACGGUCUAUCCUAUGAUGAUCAGGUCGAUGCAGACGAAGUGGGUUUUACGGCACAAGAAGGGAAACUCCUGCGCCUGACUGGUUGCAUCGAUCUGGAGAACACAAUCUCUGUGGGCUGUGCCGGUGCUGUCCUCACUUAUCUCCAGCGAAGAAAAGCUACCGAAUACCUGCCCAGUGAUCCAGAAGUCAAUCGACUUAGUGUACGCUCAAUUGAGAUGUUUACAUUGAAAGGCACGAUGUUCAUCAAUAUAGAUACACUUUCAUCGCUGCAGAUUCUGCAAUCAGAGUCUCACCCAAACGCCUUCAACCAAGGCCCAGGGAGGACAUCGUCUGGCUCGAAAGAAGGUCUUUCUAUCUACGGCUUGUUUCAUCAUCUGGCUCGCACUCCCCAAGGAAAAGCUCGGCUUAGACAGCUUUUUCUGCGUCCUAGCAUUGAUUUGGAUACUAUCAAUUCAAGGCAUAGAUUUAUUACGGUAUCUGUGAGACCCGAUAAUUCACCUGCGUUGGAGAAGAUGGUAUCUGCUUUGAAGAAAAUCAAGAACCUUCAUCCUGUAAUGAUCAACCUUCGCAAAGGGGUUAGUGUAGGCGGCGGAAAAGUUACGGGCUUCAAGACGACUGUCUGGGCAACGCUACUUGCUUUUGCCUUCUACGGCAUCGAUAUUCAAGAGGCAUUACGUGAGAUUAUCGGAGGGGAGUCGCUUGCCUUGAGGACGAAGGCACUAGAAAUACUCAAUGCAGCUGAACUCCACAAAGUGGGAAGGAUCAUACAUGAAAUUGUUGAUAUUGAUAGCUCCGAGGAGCAACACCGUACGGUCGUGAAACCGGGAAUUGAUCGAGAACUAGAUACACUAAAAGACAGAUAUAACGGAUUAGACAGCCUAUUGAAACAGGUCGCCAUAGAUGUUGCCAUGACUGUACCGGAGGAGCUGGAUAUUGACGUGAAUGUGAUAUACUUCCCUCAACUUGGCUUCAAUAUCGCUAUACCUCUCACGGAAGAUGGAAUAGCAAGUUAUAACGGAAAUGAGGAAGAGUGGGAACAGAUGUUUGUUACUGAGAAUAGGGCAUACUUCAAAGACUUUCGGAUGAGAGAGAUGGACGAUAAAUUAGGGGAUAUAUAUGGUCUUAUAUGUGAAAAAGAGAUCGAGAUCGUGUACGAGCUUGCCCAGAAGGUCUUACAUUUCGAACAAGCUCUACUGAAAGCAUCGGAUAUCUGUGGUGAACUGGAUAGUCUUCUUGCAAUGGCGCAAGGAGCUAUCCUAUAUAAGCUGGUUUGUCCACGUAUGAGAAACGAAAACGUUAUCAAAGUCAAAGGAGGCCGCCAUCUUCUUCAAGAGCUUACUGUCCCGUCAUACGUCCCAAACGAUACGUUCAUUAUAGGCGGUAGUGGAAACAAUAAUGAAUUAUCGGAAAUUAAUGCACCGUCAUUGGAAGCUACCCAUUCUCGAGAAGUCUAUCAAGGUCCAAGCAUGCUAUUGUUGACGGGUCCAAAUUACUCGGGCAAGAGUGUCUACAUGAAGCAGGUGGCUCUGAUUGUAUACCUCGCCCACAUAGGCAGCUUCGUUCCCGCUGAGAGCGCAGAAAUUGGUAUCACAGACAAGAUACUGACGAGAGUUACCACUCGAGAAACCGUCUCUAAGGGUCAGAGCGCCUUUAUGAUCGAUCUGCAGCAGAUGUCUCUAGCCUUGAAGAUGGCGACGAACCGAAGUCUGCUAAUCAUAGAUGAAUUCGGGAAAGGAACUGAUUGGAGUGAUGGAGCGGGACUUGUUUGUGGUGUUCUAGAAUAUCUUCUAGAUCUAAACGACAACCGACCCAAAGUCUUAGCAGCAACGCAUUUCCACGAAAUAUUUGAGAAUAGGCUCCUCGUAGCGCGACCUGAGCUACAAUUCGGUCAUAUGGAGGUCCAAAUUGACGAAAGGAGCAAGCGAUCUGGAAACCACAUCACGUAUCUUUAUAACUUCGUCCUAGGAAGGAGCAGCGAGAGCUUCGGUACAAUCUGCGCCGCAAUGAACGGGAUCCCUCCAGCAAUCGUCGACAGAGCCAACGAGAUCGCCGCUCUGUCCGCUCGUGGUGAGAAUCUAGUAGCUGUCUGCGCGAAAAUGUCUGCUGAAGAGACAAGUGCUCUCGAAAAAGCGGAAGUCAUCGCCAGAAACUUUGUGCAGUUGUCCUUUUCAAGUGAGAAUGAACGGUCUUCUGGAAGUGCGAGUGCUAGGGACCUUCUCGAUGCUCUUCUAGAAAGAGCAGGUAGAAACAGAAGCGAAGUCUGAUUAUCAAUGAACGAAAUGGUGGUCUUUUACGAAUUAUGAGUGCAGAGGCGAUUAUCCAUUAUUCCAUUUACAAGGCAGUUAUUACAGACAUUCUGAGAUAUAGUUUAGCUGAAAAACUUAUGCAAUGAGAAUGAAAGCCCGAGGGACUUCAAAUAAUAA